AUGUCUUGUAAUUCCUGCACAAAACCGUUUAAUUUACUUCGUAAAGAGAAAGGAUGUCCCAGUUGCGGCUUCAGUUACUGCUCAAAAUGUUUGGAUAACAAAAUGUUCUUACCAAAAUUAAAUGCGGAAUCCAAGGUAUGUGCAAAAUGUAAAAACAUUAAUGCUAAACCUAGUGAACCUAAAACAGUAGAAGCACCCGAUGCAUACUAUAGGAGAUUAGGUGCCAUGGGCGAAAAGCAAGCAAACCAGGAAAUAUUAGAAAGAUUACAAAAGCUAAAAGAAGGUAAAAGUACACCUUUAACUAAAGAUGAAGAAAUCAAAAACCGUCUCCAGAAUAUCAAAGGUGAAACACCCACUACUUCAGACGCAGAGAUAUAUUCCAGACUGGCAAAAUUGAGAGGAGUCCCUGUUGAAGUAGUUAAUGCUAAGCCAGUAUUACCUCCACCUGACACAAGAACAGAGCAACAGCAAGCAGAUGACUUAGUAAAACAAUACAUUGAACAAACUGGCAUUGAUACUAAAUACCAAGAUGAAUUUGAUGGAAUUAUCAGCAGUAUUGAGUCUCGGGUGCAGAAACUUAAAGGUUCAAAACCUGCUCCGGUAGCAGUGGCACAAAGCAAACCAGAGGAGAAAAGUGAUGAAUCCGAGGAUGAGGAAACCAGUGUCAAAAAAAUUAUUGAAAAGAUUAAGAAAGAGGCAACUUUCGAAGAUGAGACCCCUCCAUGUGAUGAACUACCAUUUUGUGAGAUUUGCAAUGAAGAUGCAAGGAUGAGGUGCCUUGGAUGCCGAUAUCUGUUCUGCAAGAGAUGCUUUUUAGAUCACAAGGAUGAUGAUGAUGGCUGUGAUAGAUAUGAACCUUACGAAGCCCCAAAGAAUAAAAAUUAUUAA